AUGCCUCUUCAUCUCCUCGGCAAGAAGUCAUGGAACGUCUACAAUCCGGAGAACAUCGCUCGUGUCCGGCGCGACGAGGUUCAAGCCAAAGCUCGAGAAGAGGAACAAGAACGUCGUAUGCAGGAGGUUGAUGCCGAAAGACGAAUCCAGAUCCUCCGUGGUGAAAGACCCUCCAGCCCGCCACCUCCUCCGUCACCCUUGUUGCCGGUCGUCCGAUCAGACAGGAAACCUCAUGCAACAGAUAUAGGACGGACCAGGAAGCGCAGACGUCUGGCGGGAGAGAAUGACACCGAUCGUGAUAUAAGAUUUGCACGGGAAGAUGCACAACUGGCGCUUGCGAAGCGGGGGGAAUUAGCUACGACCCGGACAAGCGACGCACCGCUUCACGAUAGUGCCGGUCAUAUCAAUCUGUUCCCGUCGGAGGAGACACAACGGUCUGCGGUGAAGAAUGCAGAGGCUGAGAAAGAAUCAGCCGACUUACAACGGAAAUACGAAGAUCAAUAUACCAUGCGAUUUUCCAACGCAGCGGGGUUUCGGCAAUCCGUUGGCCAAACACCGUGGUACUCUGCUUCUGGCAGUGAUGCGAUGGCGCCAGACCCUGUCUCGGGGAAAGAUGUUUGGGGGAACGAGGACCCGAUGAGACGAGAGAGAGAAAGAGUCCGGAUGGAUGCCGACGAUCCUCUCGGGGCCAUGAGGAAAGGUGUUCGUCAUCUAAAAUCGGUCGAACAGGAAAGGAAGAAAUGGAAUGAAGAAAAGCGUCGACAGUUGGAGGAAUUGAAGUUGGCUGAGAAAUACCGUUCAAGGAAUCGCCGAAAAGAAUCGGCGUCUGAGGAUAGUCAUGAUGAUUUCAGGCUUGAUUCGCCCCCUGACACCAAUCGUGAAGACCAGGAUCGAAGGUCGCAUCGUCACCGUCAACAUGGUCGUAAUCGGAGUCGGGAUCGGUCACAUAGGAGAAAAAAUGAUUCAAAAUCGCGCUCUCAUCGCCAUGAUCGCCACCGCCACGGCAGGUGUGACCAUCGACGGCAUCGUGCAAAUGAUUCAUAA